AUGGCCAGGGUUGACUCCCGCUGCGGCGUCGGCAGGAGGUUCCUCCUGCCGUUCCUCUGCCUCGUGCUCUUCGUCACGCAGCUGGGCCUGUCGCUGAGCAAUCUCCCGUCGCUGAGGCUGAUGCAGGACGUCAUCUGCAAAAAGCAGCUUGGCAUUGCGUCGUAUUCGCUGCUCCCGGAGGGCGACUGCCACGCCGAUGUAAUCCAGCAGCAACUCAACCUGGUCACAACCGGCAGCUUGAUUUCGACCACCGUCGGAGGCGCGCUGGUCGCCCUACCGUUCGGUAUCCUUUCAGAUCACAUCGGCCGCGUCCCAGUUCUCGGACUGAGCGUAGUUGGCUUGUUUCUCUCGCAAGCCUACGCCGACUUCGUCAUUUGGAUGUCUCCCAGAGUUCCUCUCACUGCAAUUUGGGGUUCCGGAGUUCCCCUCCUGAUCGGCGGGGGGAGGAGCAUGGCAGAGUCCAUGGUCUUCGCCCUGAUAUCAGACAUCAUCCCAGCACCCAGACGCGUCAUGUGGUUCCAGUGCAUAUCAGCCGCGGUCAUCGCCGGGCAAGCCACGUCGCCCAUCCUCGCAGGCUACCUCAUGGAGCUGUCCCCAUGGAUACCACUAUGGGUGUCACUCGCCCUGAUCUUCGCCGGCGGACUCUCCCUAACCCUCUUCACCCCGGAAACUCUCCCAAUCAGCCCUCCCGUUUCAGAAAAUCCAGGGAAGGAUGCCAGGCAACCUACCAAAUCGACCCGCGCCGCCCUGCGCUUCCUCUUCUCCCGCCCGGCUAUCGCCCUCCUCCCAGGCUCCAUCCUCGCCAUCCCGCUCGCGAGCGCCCAGGCGGACGUCAUAACCCGGCUCAUGCCCCUCCAGUUCUCCUGGUCCCUGUGGCGCUCGUCCCUCCUCCUCUCGCUCAACAACGCCGGCACCAUAAUCACCCUCCUCGUCAUCCUCCCCGUGCUCGCCUGCCUCCUCAGCAGGAUGGACCCGCUCAGGCGCGACGUCAUCCUCGUGAGGGCGAGCGUGACGCUCCUCAUGUUCGGGUCUCUGGCACUCAUGAUGAUUACAAGCGAGGGCCUUGUAAUAACCGGAGUUGUCGUCCUCGCCCUGAGCUCAGGCGUCCCUACCCUAUGCCGAUCCCUCAUAGUAUCACAACUUCCGGACACCUACAACACUGGCUCCAUAUUCGGGAUGAUUGCUCUGGGCGAAACGCUUGGGUUCAUAUGCUGCUUUCUUUCCAUGGGUGCACUUUUUGAUCUUGGCAUACGAGUUUGGAUUGGGUUGCCAUUUUGUUUCGGUGUGGCUUUGGCUAUCCUCAUAGGCGCCACCACCUGGAGUUUUCGUGUCCCACAACUAAUCGAAUGA